AUGAGACAAACUCUGUACCUCAAGAACGCGCCUAAAAUCCCGAGAUCCAACUCUGAGUUCAUCAAAGAGCUACUGAAAACCAUUAACAAGAACACCAAUACUGAUGUCCCGCGACCUCAAUCCACUCUAUCAUCCUCAAAAGAUGAGAAGCCUUUAACCUUCCUUGAUGAAAACUAUAAAAUUGUGUCUAUCACGCGCCCUAGGAACCUGCAGGGUCAGUGCUUCAUUGGGUUUUCAGAUGCCGCACAUGCAGCUCAUUUCUGCCACACCUUCAAGGAUAAGCUCUUCCUAAGAGGCAGGUCCGUGGUUAUAGAAACGGCUAAACAUGACGCUUACUGGUUCAUUGCCCAGCAAUCCCCUACUGUAUAUCGUCGCCUCCAUAAGCACUUAAGCAUGAAAAAGGAUCCUAAAACGCUCCUCCAGCUACGGAACAAACGAAUCCGGCGUAGAUUACGGUGUCGCCUCAGAAAGAAGGGGCUUGGAGAGACUGCUAUCCAGCAAGUACUCGAAAGGCUCGCUACCAGCCAGCUGUCUGCUGGGAACCAAAAGAGCGUUUUGCCUGCGAAAGAUGGUUCAUCACAAGCAACCUCUAUGGCCCCAGGGGCGGCGGCGUCUGCUAAAACCACACCAGCCGUCCAGCAUCAAGGCAACAAUACAAAGAAGAAAGUUGUUGAUGUUGGCAGCAAUCCUCCUAACAAAGUUCUUCUUGUACAGGGAUUGCCGGAAGGCAUUACGGAACAACAAUUGGCUGAACGCUUUGCUAGUGACAAACUUGUCCAAGUUAGAUUUGUCCAAGUUCGUCAAUUGGCUUUUGUAGAAUAUGAGGAUAUCCAAAGUGCCUCCAAAGUUGUAGAAAGAUUAGGCCACAGUCAAAACUUUAAUGAUACUACAGCUAUUAUAGGCUACGCCAAGAGAUAA